GCUCGUCUCGAGAGGAUGAGUAUUGAAUUGUUAGUGCUGCCAUAACUACUUCAUGGUCUUGCUUAGGAAAGAGUCUGGAAGUUACAGAAUAUCUGCAGAUAUCAAAUUUCAUCAUGACAUCUUUCAGUGUCCUUGCUUCAUUUCCGGAGGAUAAUCUCCAGUGUCCCAUCUGUCUAAAUGUCUUCAGUGACCCGGUCACCACACCUUGUGGUCAUAACUUCUGCAAGACCUGCCUCAGCCAGCACUGGGACAAGAGUGAUUUAUGCUGCUGCCCGAUGUGUCAUAAAAGAUUCCACAUGAGGCCUGAGAUCUCCACAAAUGUGGUUAUCGAGAAUAUUUCAGUCCAAAUAAAGAAGAGGAAAGUUGAGACAUCUGAAAGCGCUGUAACACCGGGGCAAGUGAAGUGUGAUGUGUGCGCAGACAUAAAGUACAAGGCCGUCAAGUCCUGCCUGGUGUGUCUGACGUCGUAUUGUGAGGGCCACCUGGAGCCUCAUGGGCGAGUUCCUUCCCUGAUGAGACACAAGCUGAUCGACCCGCUGGAGAAGCUGCAGGAGAGGAUUUGUGAGAAGCACGAGAAGAUCCUGGAGUUUUUCUGCAGGGUUGAGCAGGUGUGCAUCUGUCUGCUGUGCUGUGAGACAAACCACAAAGACCAUGAGACUGUGUCUGUUGAAGAAGAAGGGGCUCAACAAAAACAAAACAUUGAGUCCAAGAAAGCAAAGAUCAAAUUGAUGAUUGAUGACAGAAUGGAAAAGAUAAAGGAAUUUACAGACGCUUCUGAAAUAAUCAGAGAAAAAGCAAAUAAAGAGGUGGAUGACAGUGAUGAGCUCUUCAAUACUCUGGUGAAUCAUGUACAAGUGGCCCAUACUAACCUAAAAUCAAAUAUCGAAACGAAGUUCAAAAAAUCCCAAGUGAGAGACAAAGUCAUGAUUGAGGAGCUGCAGGAGGAGAUCGCCCAACUGAAGAGGAAGAACUGUGAGCUGGAGGAGCUUUCCCAAAGUGACGACCACCUUCACCUUCUGCAGACUUUGCAGGCCCUGAGCACCAUAUCCGACACCAAGGACUGGUCUAAGAUCAAGGUUUACCCAGACCUGUACAUGCAGACGCUCAGGAGAGCCAUGACUCAUCUUGUGCACACUUUCCUAUCACAACUGAAAACCCUGACAGACAUGGAACUGACCAGGAUGAGACAGUACAAAGAGGGGGUGACCUUUGACCCAUUCACAGCGGGCUGCCGCCUUUUGGUGUCUGAAUCUGGGAAAGUAUUAAAGUACAACAAAAUGUCAAGCCCCUCAUCGUCUGAUGACAUGGAGAGGUUCGACUGUCCCAUGGUUUUAGGGACGAAGGGCUUCACCUCUGGGCGGCACUACUGGGAAGUCCAAGUGGGCCUGAGAACGGACUGGGACGUUGGUGUUGCAAAGGAGACGGUAAACAGAACAAGGGUCACGCUGAAAAAAGAAAAUGGCUUCUUUGCCAUAGGAAAGAGGUGUUCUGAAUAUCGAGUUCACUGUACACCCAACACAGUCCUCCACCUGUGUCCCAGGCCCACAAGUGUAGGUGUGUAUGUGGACUAUAUGGAAGGCAGAGUCUCUUUCUAUGAUGUCGAAAGGAAGUUGCACGUACAUUCUUUCACAGGAGAGUCUUUCACAGAGAAGCUGUUCCCGUACUUCUAUCUGUACAGCUGGGCUAAGAAAAGUAAGCCUUUGGUUAUAACCUUAUUGUGAGACGAAGCAUUUGCUCUUUCUCUCAUUUGCUCCCUCCAACAGAGGGAGCAGUAGACUAGCAAUUCCUUAGUUCUGCAAGGUCAAAUUUUGGAUUUUUUGAGUCUGGUGGCUUUUGGCGAGGGCAUAGAUGUAUACAACGACUUCAAUCCCCCCCUGUAAACUUAAAUAGGGCUGUCUGACAUUAAGGUAAAGUGGUUAAUUAUUCUAACUAUAGUGUACACUUAAACAAAUACUGACUCAUUUGUGGCUAAAAUAUGUUUAGCAACUGCCCCCGUCGUCCACAGCCGUACAUAGCUUAGCUUCUUCGUCAGUACCCUUGCCUGCUUCUCCACUGGGGGAGUACCGACCACCAUCUACUGUAACUAAUACACUGACUAUGAAGUACCUCACACUUCCAAAGAUUUAAACUAUUGUUUCACAUUCUUCAAAAUCCACCACUUAUCCUGAAAGAUUAAUUGUAGAGUAAUCUGAUUGAACAUCCCAAAAAGGCCGAGAUCAUAAUUUGAAAUGUUUGAAAGGCUAAAAUAAUGUUAAAAAACCUACAACUUCAUGAACAGGCUGCAUAGGUUCUAAAAUUGGGUGAGCAGUUAAUCUUUAUGUCAACAACAUCCCCGUCCAUAACACUC